AGGGAACUGGAAGCUCUUCCCCAGUUCGAUUCUAGUCGGUUAGAGAGAUUACCAGGUGAAGCGAAGGCUCGGGGGAGGGAGCCAAUUCAUGGAGAUUCAAUGGCUUGGUGGUGAAAGCUUCGCCAUCAGGCGUUCCUUGAUCGACAAUGUUGACCCUAUGGUUCCUGGGAUUUCUCGACUUUCGUCGCGGUCCCAUCCCAACAUUCUGUAAUUGCUCUGUGGGUUCAUCGACGAGGACAAGAAAGAGUGUUUCUUGGUGACGGAACUGAUGAGUUGCAGAGACAUCGAGAGCUACGUACAUCAAGAAAGUAUGUGGAUCGAGGAACAAGUGACUACCCUUUUCGCUCCCCGUCGCCAUUGAUGUAAUGUUGGAGAUUGCUCGAGGGAUGGUGUAUCUCCACUCCGAGAAAAUUUACCACGGGAAUUUGGAAGCUUCAAACAUUCUCGUCAAGCAGAGAACUUCAACCCCAGCAGCAGAGAACGUCAAACAGUGCCGGUUUCCGUUUUUUUCGGGUUCAACCCGACACACACAGCAUCGGUUUCGGUUUGCCAAAACCGAAAACCCGAUACAGUCACGCUGCCGUUUUUAACUUUUGAGAGCAACCCUACCCUUAGCCUUCACCUCGUGCCGUCGCCGCCGUCUCUUCACUUUUGGCAAACCUAAACAAAACAGAGCGAGACGAAACAGAGACAGAGCCUCCUCGCCGCCAUCAUCGUCCUCGCCGCCAGCGGCCUCGUGAGGACCUCCGACUGCCAUCAAAUCCGUCGCCGGACGCCUCGUCGGCCGCAUCUGGGUAACGCAAAGAUUCAGUGUUCCUCGUCGCUGAUCCACCCAUCGACGACGAAGAGCCAGAAGCAGACGACAGGGUGCAGAAGUGGAGAUUGGCGAUUUCACGAGCAACUCCUUUGGGUUCGAAGCUCCUGCCGUUGGUAACAUCCUAAAUCACUGUACAAAACAGAGAUGGAAUCCCACAUUCGGAAAAUAAAGAAUGAACACGAAAAAUGGGGGUUGAUAAACAGAGGUUGUGUAGAACAGAGCUUAAAGGUGGAGUCUCUAAACACUGGUAGAAUAUGGAAGACUCCCAUCUUUUGUCUUUUGUUCAGGGGAAUCAAGGGGAUUUGUCUUUUUUUCCGGGGAGUCAAUCAAUGAUCUGAAAGGGGUUUCCCUUCAUUUCCACUGUGUUGUUCUUAAAACAGAACCGUGAGUGUUUGCUGUUGCCCAUCUUUUCUGUUCUAUGAUUAAUUUAGAUUCGAAUUUAGCAUCUGGGUUUUCGCUGUGUUUGUGCUUAGUUGUGAUCUUGAAUGGAAGUUUUUGACUCUGAACAGUUGGUAGGGCUGAAAGUUGUUGCCUUUAUUAGGUAGGUUUCCCUUUUCUGGAAGGGUUGGACUGAAUAACGUUGUUUUCAGCAUCUGGGUAUUUCUAUUUCAUCUGUGUUUUUGGUAUCUGAUCUGAAUCUUGUGCCACUCAGUUGGUUUUUUGGUAGUCCUCAUCGCCAAUAAUCCUCAUCGCCAUAGGUGAUUAUUGGCCCAGGUUUAGGAUGGGCCCAUAUUCUCGCUGAUUCACGGCCCAAAGUCUUUUCUGCAGCGUCGAAACUGAGGGAAGGUCGCCUGCCUUCCGCAUAGCAUUUAGCAUGCUCAAUUGACGGCCACCCCCAGGAGGGAAGAGCAGACACUUCGAAGAAACUACACGUAUCAACGAACUCUGUUUUCUGGGGAAGUUGAGGAAACCAAAACGAGCUUAAAGUUUCACAAUAAACUGUUGCAGGACUUGGGGAGACCUAAAAUCUGUGACUUUCUUCUGUGGGCGUUGAAUUUGAGUGUUGCAAGUGUGAGGUAGACAAUGAAUGCUGAAGCAGUUCCAGGGUUCAAGCUUAAACCCAAACUGAAGCGUCCACUAGGAAAGCCUUGGAAAGGAGAAUCUAGGGUAAAAAGAGAUGGUUCUCUUAAAAGGAAUAGUGGCACUGGUCCUCCUCGAUCAAUGUGGGUUUCCCGUAAAGAAGGUGGCAAUUCAGGAAGGAGAGGUGAAUCUGUUGAAGUAGCGGAUAAUGAAAUUAGGCAAUUGCGUGGUACUAGGACGAGUAAGGCGAAGAGGUUUGAUAAACUGGAUGAUGAUGGGACCAAUAUACUGAAGAGACAUAGCAAACGCGAGUUAGACUCAAAUACAGUUGCUGAUCGGAGUAAGAGCAAAACCCUGAGAACAUCUACUAUAACUUAUGGGAAGAAAGGUUUGAGGACUAAAAGGAUCAGUCUUGAAGGUGAUACCAAGGUUCAGGAUGACGAACCGAAAAAGAAGAAAAAACGUGUUAUGCGUCUAGAUCCAUAUGAUACGUCAAACAAGCGGAUGGAUGAUGGAUUGGAUGGCAAUGAAACUGCCAAAGAAAAGAAGAAACAAUUAGAGAAAGAAGUGGCAAUGUCAAAGAAUGCAGAAUUCCGUGCAAUUAAACCCAGUCCUUCAAUCCUUUCCUUCGUGGAAGAUAAUUUGUUGGGCCGGCGACGUAUGAUUGAGCUAAAAAGGGCUGGAUAUAACAUUGAGUUGUCUGUACCACUUGAUAAUAUCCCAGAUUCCAAAAGCUCCGAGAGAGAACGCAUCGAAGAAAAUGUCUUCAGGAAUAAGUUGACCUUUUUUGCUGCUGCAAAGGUUUCUUCUUCUUUUCCACCUGCCAAUCUUCCUGAGAUUGCAUUUGCUGGAAGGUCAAAUGUUGGGAAGUCAUCUCUACUGAAUUCACUUACGAGACAAUGGGGAGUUGCAAGAACAUCAGACAAACCUGGCCUCACUCAGACAAUUAAUUUCUUUGAGCUCGGAAAGUUAUGCUUGGUCGAUUUGCCUGGAUAUGGCUUUGCUUAUGCGAAAGAAGAAGUGAAGGAUUCUUGGGAGGAACUCGUUAAGGAGUAUGUGUCAACAAGAACGGGUCUGAAACAAGUCUGUCUUCUUAUCGACACAAAAUGGGGAAUGAAGCCGAGAGAUCGCGAACUCAUUAAUUUGAUGGAAAAAUCUCAAACAAAAUACCAGAUUGUAUUAACCAAGACCGAUUUGGUAUUUCCAAUUGAUGUAGCACGCCGUGCUAUGCAAAUUGAAGAUAGCCUGAAGGCAAACAAGUCGAUAGUGCAGCCUGUGAUGAUGGCCAGCUCGAAAACUGGAGCUGGGAUUCGGACGUUAAGGACAGUGCUUUCCAAGUUUGCUCGUUAUGCCAAAAUAUAAAGAUCCAUGACCAGAGACUGCAAUUUUCUUAUAGUAAUUGCUUCUUUCCUGUUACAUUGAACCAAGUUAUGCUAACCAGCAAAAUUUCUCGAUGCUGCGGAUGCCAGAACUCUGAAGACUCUUGCCUUCCUCAGAAAGAACAAAAGGGUUGCCCUUUUGUCUAUGAAAAAAAGUAUUAUCAGGCAAAGGAAGGUCAUGGAAAUAAGUAUUAAAUAUGUAUCAUGCUUAGAUAAUGCCUAACUGAAGUGGGUGAUGGAGUGUUAUGGUGGUGGGUUGAGUUGUGAAGCAAAGCAGCCAUUCAUUGUGCUGAGUUUUUUCUUUUUGCCAAUCUGCAAUUCCUUCGAUAGUGGUGGACUAGUGGUGGCAGAGUGACAUGGGAAGCACAUUACAGCAGGCGGUGGAAAUGGAGAGGAUGGUAAGCCAUCUUCGUUGACUAUUUCUCGUACCUGAGAAACUGACGUGCGUGCAAGUGGAGAAGGAUUAGCUGCAACUGUUGUGAUUAAUUCAAGUAUCUAUUGACAGGCGUCAGUUUGGCAUAUUAACUGAUCACGCACCAAGGUUUGAAUUUGCAGAGAGAGUGCUGAAAUUGGUCAUUUCCUGCUUGUUACCUGUUAUAGCAGACCAGUUUAGUGAGCCAACGUCCUUUUAUGGACACGUUUUAAGAACUAGUUAUUAAAACAAAGUUCAUGUUUAGCUUUACUAUUAAUGUGCCUGCAUGUUUGGCUGCGUCGAAGAAUCUGGCUAUUACGCUGACGCUGAACGUUGAGCUGUGUGUUGAUGCUGUGGUAUGUAAUGUUAGAGGAGACGAUCCAACGAUGUCAACAUACUCGAGCGCGAUAGAGGGGCGAUUUAGUUCACAG